AAUGAAAGAGACGAUUAAAAGACACGGGCGCUAUUCCAGUUCUGCAGACGUCCGCAAGCGGAGUAUGACAUGGGCAAGGAAACAUGCUGCGAUAGGGCACGGAUGAACAGAUGGACUCCCGAAUGGCUACAUGCAGCCUAUCACUGCACUGUUGCUGUUCAUUCAGAAAUGCCCUGUGUUCAAACCCAGUAUGGAACUCUGCCUUAUGAAAACAACCACUACCCCUCCGAGUUCCUGAGCUCUGACCCCACCAGCAAGUUGGCCAUGGACGUCAGUGGCCAGCGGGACCAGCUCUCCGCCCCCUCUCUGCCCAGCAUUAACACUUUGGUGGGCGGCUAUGCCGGAGAGUUCGACACCUACUCGUGCCAGAUCACCGCCUCCACCGCACCCCCUCCCACCAGUGCCAGCUCGGGCCAGCAGUCCCCCUUCAAGCUGGACGACUUCCAGGUGUACGGCUGCUACCCUGGCACGUUUGCCCUGAGCUACCUGGAUGAGACGCUGUCCUCCUGCGGCUCUGACUACUACGGCAGCCCUGUCUCCGUCUCCUCGCCCUCCACGCCCGGCUUCCAGGUCCAGCCCAUUUCCACCUGGGAGCCUCCGUUCAGCCCCUUCUCACCCAGCCCUGGGUGCUGGCUGGCUGAAAAAUCUGCCUUGCCCCAGCAGCCCUCGUUCUUCACGUUCAGCCCCCCGUCGGAUCAGCAGUCCCCCCUGGCGUCCCAGCAGCCCCAGGGCUCGGAGCAGGAGCCCUUCAGCCAGGUUCAGCACCACUCCUCGCCCUUACAUUUCACACCCCUCGCCCUCGACCAGGGGUGCUUGGACAGUCCCGUGCUGGCCGAGGGGCCCAUGUCAUCCCCCAAGGCCCGGAGCCCCGGGGCCAACGAGGGCCGCUGUGCCGUGUGUGGGGACAACGCCUCCUGCCAGCACUAUGGCGUACGCACCUGUGAGGGAUGCAAAGGCUUUUUCAAGAGAACUGUACAGAAAAAUGCUAAAUACGUGUGCCUAGCCAACAAAGACUGCCCAGUGGACAAACGACGGCGGAACCGCUGUCAGUUCUGCCGUUUCCAGAAGUGUCUGGCCGUGGGGAUGGUGAAAGAAGUUGUUCGGACGGACAGCCUGAAAGGUCGCAGGGGUCGCCUGCCCUCUAAGCCAAAAAAUGUGCAGGAUUCAACAUGCACCUCGCCUCCAGUCAAUAUCAUCGCCUCCCUGGUCAGGGCGCACAUCGACUCCAACCCUACCCUGGGGAAGCUGGACUACUCCAAGUACCAGGAAACGGUGGCCAGCCUAUCAGAGAAGGAAGAUGCCAGUGACAUCCAGCAGUUCUAUGAUCUCCUGACCAGCACCAUGGACGUGAUCCGCAAGUGGGCUGAGACCAUCCCCGGAUUCACUGCCUUCUGCCAGGAGGACCAAGAGCUCCUCCUGGAGUCUGCCUUUGUGGAGCUGUUCAUCCUUCGGCUUGCCUACAGGUCUAGCCCUGAGAAGGAUAAGCUGAUAUUCUGCAAUGGCGUCGUUCUCCACCGGAUGCAGUGCGUGCGUGGCUUUGGUGACUGGAUCGACUCCAUCAUGGACUUCUCGCAGAACCUACACCGGAUGAACCUUGACGUUUCCUCCUUCUCCUGCCUCGCUGCCCUCGUCAUUAUUACAGAUCGGCACGGCCUGAAGGAGCCGAAGCGGGUGGAGGAGUUCCAGAACCGUCUGAUCGCAUGUCUCCGAGACCACGUCACCAACAGCAACAGCGACUCCGGCCGGCCCAACUACCUGUCCCGGCUCCUGGGAAAGCUUCCGGAGCUGCGGACGCUGUGCACCCAGGGCCUGCAGCGCAUCUUCUACCUGAAGCUGGAGGACCUGGUGCCCCCUCCCCCUAUUGUGGAUAAAAUCUUCAUGGACACCCUACCUUUCUGAGAAAAAGGAUACGAGACAAAGGAUACAGUUGUUUGAAUUGGCUGGUGGAGGACAGAAAAAAACGAUACACGCAGAAUACUGUUUCUGUGGCCUUGGGGGUUGCCGGGACGUUGCGUUUUUGAAGCGUGGAGCUUCCUCCCUUUGCAGUGCACUGAAUGGCAUCUAUGGCUAAUUGACUCACAAAAGAAACUGUUUUUUUCCCCUCACAAUUUUGCUUAAAGUUACUUUAAAUUAACAUAUCAUUUGUUGCUGCCAGCCACAGUGAAAGCACUGGGCAUUGAUUUUGCUUUUCUGUCUACUGUGGUUACAUGCAAACAGGAAUUGAAAAAAACAACAGUGAACACUGGUUUUGUAAAACUGUUACAUGGUAUUGUGGCUUUAAGGCCUGGGCUUUAACUGUCUGUGCACAUUAUAAGAGGGGGCAGGGUGGCGACAGCUGGCUUACUAGGGCCUCUGGAGUAGCGGAGGACCAUAUGCCCAAAUAUAACAGCAGUAUUGAAGAGCACAUGAGUUUGAUGGCGAAUGGGGUUCCACUGUUGCAGUACAGUGCAAACAAGCUACCGCAAGCUGUAGCCCAGAGGUCAGUCCCACAUUUAAUUGUCAAAUCUGGAGCCCUGCCUAUCCUGGCUCUGAAAUGUCAAACAUGCUUGUAGAGCGAUUUUCUAUAUUUAUAUUGACAUCAUGAGUUACAUCAGGAAUGGCCUUGGACCAAAAGGAGCCAGAAGGGGUGAAGGGGUGCUGUAUUUGUUGUUCAAAUAUCAAUAUCAAUAUCAAACCCUAAAAGCCUUAUAUACCACAGUAAGGCAUUAUAAUGUGUAUGAGGGUUCCUGUGACAUUGUGUCUACUGUUGUGCAGAAAUCCUCCCUUGCUGUGCACACCGUCUCCCAGAAUGCACUGCCCUGUUUAAUGUCAUACAGAAUUCACCAAUCAUUACAGGCAGGCAAUCUGUGUAUUGUGCCUUAAGAAAAGAUCCUUAAACACAAAUGUAAUAUAGUUGAAGGGUUCAGCAUACAAAAUGUGUAAAAUGUGACCCAAAAUGAAGUAAAAGAAAGAAAUAAAUCAGCCCUGAUGUUUGUCUACAGGUUUCUGGGCCUCAAGUGCCAUGAAAACUUUGUAAAUACUGCAACAAAACAAAACAAAAAAAAUCAGUGGGGAAAGCUACUGUUAAUAUUACAAGUGUUGCCUUAUGAAUACUGUAUUCUCGUUGAGAAGAAUAUGUAUUUACAUAUUAUUUUUUUUAAGUACCUUCUGUGACUUUUCAAAGUCACACUAAAUACGAGCAGCUAUGUACAACUUUCUGUCAGUCUGUACUUCCUUUUCUAAGUAUGAUUUUGGAUAUAUGUUUAUGAAUUUAUGUAUACUAAUGGCAGAAGUACUUUAUAUUUGUGGAGGUUUUGCCAGUUUUCUGGUUAUGUGGUUGUUUUUAUGUGAGUGUGAACAUACUGUGUGCGUAUGUAUGUGUAUAUAUAUAUAUAUUUAUAUUUAUAUAUAUAUAUAUAUAUAUAUAUAUAUAUAUAUAUGUAUAUGCAUGUAUAUGUACACACACACACACACACACAUAAAAAACACAUUCAGAAUAAACAUUUAAUACUAAAACAUCCAAAAAUAGAUGUUUGCUUUGUUGCUUUUAUGCCUACCUUGUUAUUUUAAAUACAUAGAUCACAGUAUGCUGUCCUGAUUGAAGUAGCGAUGUAUUUGAGUGACAUCAACAUGUAGAUCAAGCACAGAGGUAUUUAUACUUGGGGAUCAGAACCCAGCUGAAGAUAUCACCUUGAGGCUGUUGCAAGGUAGCUAUGAACCAUGACAGUGGCUACAUAAUCCAUUUGUCUUAAUUUAUUGUGGCUUGGUAGGUCAAUUUUUUAUUUUGUGGAAACCAGCAAUGUAUUCACAAAAAUUAAAGAUAGAUAAAAACCUUU